AUGCUAGCCAACGUUUUUUCGGAGGCGAGCCACGCAAAUGGCCAUCUGCCACCAUUCUCCUUGUUGGGCACAGCCAAAGCUGAAAUUCUCCAAGAAAUUGAGUCGCAAUACGGAUUCAGAGGCGAAUUGAUUGAAGAUGUAUAUCCGUGUACGCCAAUACAGAAGGGACUCUUGUCCUUAACCACGAAGCAAGCUGGCGACUAUGUCAUGCACGCCACCUUCGAGUUGGCAUCUGGCGUGUCUCUGGAUACAUUUUGCGCCGCAUGGAACGAGGUCGUGAGCAGAAUGCCAAUUCUGCGCACGCGAAUCGUGCAUCACUCUACACUAGGCUUAUUACAAGUCGUCAUGAAGGAGAAAAUACGGUGGAUAAGGACAGGGCAGCUCCAGACGACUGGCCCUGAAGACGAAACUAUUGGGCAGGUGUUUGGACAAGACCUUUCCCGCUACACAAUCAUUGAACUUGAUAACGAAAAGACGCUGUUUGACUGGCGAAUCCACCACGCUCUGUAUGAUGGCUGGUCCUUGGCUCAAAUCAGCAGCAUGGUCAACCAAGCUUGCCAUGGCAGCCAGCUUUCGGAGCCGCGAGGUUUCAGCUCAUUUGUUCAGUAUGUCUUGGCGCAGAACUGCGACGAUUCUCAACAGUACUGGCAGUCAAUCCUUCAAGGAAACGAUUUUGUACAAUUUCCGACAGCCCCACCACCUACCUCCGAGCCCACGAGAGCAUUGAAGACGGAACACCUAUUCCGCAGGCCACAGACACGACCUCCGGGCAUCACAAACUCGACACUCAUUUCGGCGGCUUGGGCACUGGUUGCGGCUGGCCAUACGGGGUCGAAUGAUGUAGUCUUUGGCAUGACCGUCUCUGGACGAGACGCACAACUACACGGCAUAAAGGACAUCGCGGGACCUACCAUCGCCACGGUCCCUGUGCGUGUCCGCUUCGGCAAGACACAGCCGAUAUACACCUUGUUGGAAGCAAUACAGCGUGGAGCAGCUGAGAGAAAACCAUAUGAGCAAAUGGGCAUCCAGGCCAUUGCCGCGAUAAACGAAGACACGCAGCGCGCAUGCGCGUUUCAAACUGCUAUCGUGGUUCAGCCAGUUGAAAACGAUUUGUGUACAGAUCCGUUGGUUGGAAGCUGGCAAACCUCGUCGAAGGAGCAGGUGGUGGGAACGUACGCGCUGAUGCUGCAGUGCUACCUCUUGGACGAGGACAUCAGACUAGAGGCCAUCUUCAAUCCCCAAUCUAUCGAUACAUCCUUAGUGAGCAGGCUAUUGGAGCGAAUGGGCCUAGUGAUGGGUCAGUUGGCUGAGUCUACAACAACGUCGGGAAAGACUGUAGCAGAAAUUGAGACAAUGACGGCUGCAGAACAACAACAAAUUUAUAGCUGGAACAGCCAAGUUCCCGCAGCGGAGGAGCAGUGUAUUCACAAACUUGUUCAAGGCCAGGCUCUUCAGAGCCCCGAUUCGCCGGCCGUAUGCUCGUGGGACGGCACUCUCACAUAUCGUCAACUGGAUGAAUUUUCAACGGGUUUGGCUCAUCAUCUCAUAACAAAUUUCAAGGUUCAGCCUGGUGUAUUUGUCCCCAUGUGUUUUGAGAAAUCGAUGUGGACCGUGGUAGCCAUGCUGGGCAUCCUCAAAGCCGGAGGUGCAUUUGUUCCCCUCGAUCCAACGCAGGCAGUCCGCAGGCGAGACGGCCUUCUUAACCAGAUUGACGCGCAUGUCGUCCUGGCGUCUGAAAACUACGCAGAGACGGCCUUUGGUCAAGGUCGUACUGUUGUUGCUGUUGGCAAUCACAAUACUUCGUUAUGGGGAAAUGCAACAGCAGCAGCAGCCUCUAUUCGCGUGCCACCGAAUCCGACAUCAGCUGCAUACCUAAUUUUUACAUCUGGUAGCACAGGCGAACCCAAGGGCGUAGUAAUAGAGCAUCGAUCCGUAAGCACAAGUUGCCGCUAUAAUGGAACUGCAAUGGGAUUUACAACCACAAGUCGUGUUUAUCAAUUUGCGGCGUAUACAUUUGAUGUUUCCAUCCAAGAGACAUUAACGACGCUUAUUUACGGAGGCUGUGUUUGUAUUCCGUCUGAUGAGGACCGCUUGCGUGAUAUUGGUCAAAGUAUGAACUCGAUGAAGGUUACUUUAACCCUUUUGACGCCAUCAACGGCGCGACUUAUCCAGCCAUCAGCCGUCCCGACGCUACGCACCAUCGUCCUGGGAGGAGAAAAGCUGGCGGAUGCAGAUAUCAGGCAAUGGGCACCUGAUAAACAGGUCUAUGUCACCUACGGACCAUCCGAGUGUGCCAUUUCCUGCACCACGGGCCAGCUGGAUAAUGUCAAUUUGGCAGAAAAGAGAGGCCAUAUAGGCACUCCCCUGGGCUGCGUCACUUGGAUUGUCGACUCAGAAGACCACAACAAGCUCGCUCCAAUGGGCGCCGUAGGCGAGCUAUUGAUUGAAGGCCCGAUUGUUGGUCGAGGAUACUUGAACGAUGACCGCAAAACAGCGGCCGUGUUUCUCGAGCAUACUCGCUGGUUGGAGCAGGCAGGUCGCUCGGGUCGCUUGUACAAGACGGGUGACCUGGUCCGCUAUAGCGAGGACGGCAGCUUAAUCUUCGUCGGCCGAAAGGAUUCGCAGGUUAAAAUCCGAGGACAGCGCGUGGAAUUAGGAGAGGUAGAACACCAUCUGCGAGAAUGUAUGCAGGAUGCACGCGAGGUCAUCGUGGAAGUGAUCAAGCCAGCAGGAAAAGACUCGAAGCCAAUGCUGGCGGCUUUUCUAUGCUUGGAUACCGACCAAAUCCAAGACGGCGGUAGUAUACGGGUUAUUGAGAUGGAGUAUCAGCUCGCCGACCGCUUGCCAUCGUACAUGAUUCCGAGUGUCUGCUUUGCUCUAGCGGAGAUGCCUAAGACAAUAUCCGGCAAGACUGAUCGGAAACAACUAAUAGAGAUGGGACAGUCCUUCUCAGCCCAACAACUGGCGGAUAUGAAUAGUAAUAGCAACGCAAAGAAACGCCAGCCGACCACGGAGCUUGAAUUCAAGCUGCAAGAGCUCUGGGCACGCGUGCUUAACAUCAGCCCAGCCUCUGUGGGACUGGACGAUAGCUUCUUCCGCCUUGGGGGUGAUAGUAUAAGCGCAAUGUCAGUAUCCUCUGCUGCACGAUCUCUUCAGCUCAACAUCUCGACGUCUGAUGUGCUUCGAAAAAAGACUAUUGGGCGUCUCUUGUCCGAUAAAUCGACACUCACCAUGACUCAAUCGCCCUCUGUAACAGCAGACGAGCAACCUGGUCGCCCAUUCUCGCUGAGCCCCAUUCAGGAGCUUUAUUUACACUUACAGCCCGAUCCGGCAGUGUGCUUUGACCAAUGCUUUCUUCUUCGAGUCUCGCGGCGCAUAACACCGGCCGCCGUUGAGAAGGCAUGUAGCGCCGUGAUCGACCAUCAUCCGAUGCUCCGUGCUCGUUUCCGCCCAGGGCAAGGAGGCCGUUUAGAGCAAUUCAUCAGUAUUGAUAACACUGCUCCCUACGAGUUUUCCCAUUUCAGGAAUCUAAGCCCAAGCGACAUGGCCAAUGCCAUUGCCCAGGGGCGCGAGAAGCUGGAUAUUAAGCGAGGUCCGCUCUUUGUAGCAGCCCUUUUCGACGAUACUAAUGGUCAGAGUCUUUUCUUGGGCAUUCAUCAUCUCAUCGUUGACCUCAUGUCAUGGAGAAUCCUCCUCCAGGAUUUGGAGGAGCUGCUCACCGUGGGAUCGAUAGCUGCUCUGCCUGCCGUUACAUUCCAGACAUGGUGUACUUUGCAGGCGGAAUUUGCUGCCAAACAAUCUGCUUCUGAAUACGCUCUCCCGUUUGAGUUGAGGUCGCCAAUGCUCGACUACUGGGGGAUUGAUGCGGCUCGCAAUCUCUGGGGAGGCACCACAAGCCAGGGUUUCCGACUUGAGAGAGAUGUGACGGCCAAGCUCAUGGGUUCAUGCAACGAUGCCUUUCAGACACGACCGGUUGAACUCUUUGUAUCGGCAAUGAUUCGCUCCUUUGGUCUUGCGUUUACGGAUCGCAGCCUGCCACCCGUCUUCUGCGAAGGCCAUGGCCGUGAGCCGUGGGAUAGCAGCAUUGACCUCUCGCGUACAAUUGGAUGGUUCACAACCGCGUUUCCCGUUCAGCUUGCUGAUGGUGCCGAAAAAGACUUGCGGGAGACAGUUCGCCAGACCAAGGAUUGCAUUCGCAGCUUCAAUUCAAACGGAUGGCUCUAUUUCGCAUCGAGGUUUAUUGAGGAGAAUUCAGCCGAGGAAUUUAUGUCAUUGUUCCCUGUGGAAAUUGCCUUCAAUUACGUCGGUGCCUAUCAGCAGCUUGAGCGUGAAGAUGCCCUCUUUGAAAUACUCUCCCUGCCAGACGGCUCCAGUCCCGAGUCCGCUUCAUUGACAAGAAGAAUCUCGCUGUUUGAAGUUUCUGUAACGGUUGAAAAGGGUUAUCUAGACGUCACCUUUACAUAUCCAAAGGAUAUCCAGCAUCAAGCCAGUGUCACAACUUGGCUCAGGCAGUACGAGGCUACGUUGACACAAAUGGCCGACCUUCUCCCCGGCCGGGCUACGGAGUGGACCCUUGAGGAUUUUCCGCUAGCCUUCAAGAACUACAGUGACCUCGAUAGAUUCCGAGAAAAUUUCCUACCUCAGCUGGACGCUCUCCAAGCUAUUGAUGUUGAAGAUGUAUUCCCUUGCUCACCAAUGCAAGAGGGAAUGCUGAUAAGCCAAGCCAAAAGCGCGGAGAACUAUCGCGUGGCUUUGCUGCUAGAAGUUGUGCCUACUCGACCCGAGGUUAAGGUUGAUCUGGAUCGGCUACGAGAUGCUUGGAUACGUGUUGUUCAGCGACACGGUCUUCUCCGUGCCCUGAUUGUCGACACGCUUCCGGGAACUUCCCAAUUCACGCAUAUUUUGCUAAAGAACCCCGAGCCCAGCAUCACAUUCCUUCCAAACAGCGAUGGAGCCUCCAGUGUAGAGGCCUUCCGACAGCGGUACGGCCUCAACACUUACCAAGGGGGAGACCUCCAGCAUCAUGUUACUUUGUGCCAAGGGCCUAACGAUACAUCGGCGUACUUCUACCUUGAAAUGAACCACGCCAUCUCGGAUGGCUACACCCAGAAUAUCCUGUUAUCCGAUUUGCAAAAAGCCUACAGUGGUAGUAUCGAUUCAGCUGCUCCAUUAUACAAAGAUUACAUCUCUCAUCUGGCCAAGCAGCCAUACGAAGGAGGCCGCCGAUACUGGUCCGAGUACCUGACGGGCGUAGAGCCCUGCUACUUCCCCCAGCUACGAGAUGGCAGUCAGAAGGAAGAAGCCGGGCACAGCGUCAUCCGCGUGCCAGAUCUGGAUGCUAAGAAUAUACUUGCCUUCUGCGCAGAAUGGGAGGUGACGGUGGCGACAGUCGUCCAGGCGGCGUGGGCACUCAUCUUAAGUCGAUACAGCGGCUCCACCAUGACAUGCUUCGGAAAUCUUUCCUCGGGACGUGACUUGCCUAUUGAUGGCGUAGAUAAUAUUGUUGGCCCUUUGAUCGGCAUGUUAACGUGCCGUGUCGACCUCGCCACAUCACGAACUGUGCUUGAGCUGCUGCGAGAUGUUCAGGAAGACACCUGGAAGAGCUUGCCAUUCCAGUCAUUUCCGCUGUCUGCCGUCCACUCUGAGUUGAAACUUGGAGCCAUUGCCCUCUUUAACAGCGGAGUCUCUUUCCAAAACCAUGGCGGGAAAGAUGAAGCGGAUGCCAGCGAAAUCCAGUUUGAGUAUAUAGAUCAACUGGAUCCAACAGAGUACGACAUACACAUCAACGCUGUCGCCAGCGACACAGGACUUGCCGUCGCAGUAUCAUAUAGCCACCACAUCAUGACUGCGACGCAAGCAGCGCGGGUUGCGGAAAGCCUGAGCGUCGCAAUGUCUGCCCUCACCACGCAACCGCAUGGGAGCGUGCACGAUCUCGAAAUCAUAGGCCCUUCGGACAUAGAACGCCUAUGGGACUGGAAUCGCAAUGUGCCAGCAGGCAUUGAGCGUUGUGUGUAUGAACUGAUUGACGAUCGGACAGCCCAGCAUCCAGAAGCACCAGCCAUAUGCGCCUGGGACGGCAGUGCGACGUAUGCCGAGUUAGACCAAUUAUCGACAAACUUGGCUGCCCAUCUUCAAUCCAAGGGAAUUGGCAAGGAGAUGUUUGUGCCCAUGUGUUUUGAAAAGUCGAUGUGGGCUGUGGUGGCUAUAUUGGGAGUGCUUAAGUCCGGAGGCGCAUUUGUCCCCUUGGAUCCGUCGCAGGCCCCAAGUCGCCGAGAGGGUCUUCUAGCUCAGACUAACGCAUCUUUAAUCCUUACCUCACCAAAGUAUGCUGAUCUUCCGUUUGGCGCAAAUCGCGAAGUUAUCUCUGUUGGCCCUGAAAGCGCUUCAGCAUGGGCGAAGACAAGUGCAGCCUCUCUGACUCCGCCCACGCCAACCAACGCUGCCUAUAUGAUAUUUACGUCUGGAAGCACUGGAGAGCCAAAGGGAGUAUUAAUCGAGCACCAGUCAGUAGGAACUAGCUGCUGGGCUCAUGGAGGUAGGGUUGGCUUCAAUGCGUCCUCGCGUGUGUUGCAGUUUGCCGCCUAUACCUUUGACGCGUCCUUGAUGGAUGUUUUAACAACUCUUAUAUAUGGAGGCUGCAUUUGUAUACCAUCAGAGGAGGACCGCUUGGUCAAUAUGGCCCAAUGCAUUGAUACAAUGCAGAUCAACCUGGCCUUUUUAACGCCAUCUAUUGCACGUCACAUCGAGCCGUCGAGCGUACCCACUUUGCGGACACUGAUCCUCGGAGGCGAGAGAGUCGCAAACAGCGACUAUACCAUGUGGAGUGAUGAGCAGCGAACACUUCUGAAUGGCUAUGGCCCCACUGAGUGUUCUAUUGGAUGCAUGGUGAACACCAUGGACUCGAAUACUGUGGAUCAGGGAUGCAUAGGCAAGGCUGUCGGUUCAGUCAGCUGGAUUGUCGAUGCUGGUGACCACAAUAAGCUUGUGCCAAUUGGCGUGGUGGGUGAGCUGCUAAUCGAGGGGCCAAUUGUUGGUCGAGGAUAUCACUGUCGUCCUGAGAAGACAAACGAGGUCUUUAUUCAAGAUCCCUACUGGCUAACUCGAGGCGUGCCUGAGAUCCCUGACCGCAGCGCAACACCCGGCCGCCACGCUCGCCUUUACAAGACUGGCGACUUGGCACGAUAUAAUGAAGAUGGUAGUGUGAGCUUUAUUGGGCGCAAAGACAACCAGGUCAAGAUCCGUGGCCAACGUGCUGAACUGGGAGAGAUUGAGUACCAGGUGCAGCAGUGUCUGGAUGCCCAUCAGAUUGCUGUCGAAGUCAUUUUGCCAGCAAGUGAUGCAUCAAGUGCCAUGUUGGCAGCCUUUGUAUGCAUUGAAGAUGCCAAGUCAGAUGCUGUUGAUACCGCUGGUGCCUGGGCCCAAGUGGAUGAUACAGUUGGCGUCUGGAUUGUUACUGUGCCACCUGAAGCAGAAGAACAGCUUGCUCGCCAUCUGCCCAGUUACAUGGUUCCAACGGUCUAUUUCAAACUCAUGGUAAUGCCCAUGACAGUUUCUGGUAAGAUAGACCGAAACCGAUUGCGUCAGAUUGGCGCUUCGUUUUCUGUUCAACGGCUGGCAGAGUUGCGCGGCAUUGCCUUGGGCACGAAGCGGCAACCCACCACUGACGUGGAAAUCCGACUGCAGCAGCUUUGGUCUCAGGUGCUCAAUAUCAGUGCUGAAGUCAUUGGACUGGACGACAACUUCUUCCUCCUCGGCGGUCAAUCUAUUUCUGCUUUAAAGCUGAUUACAGCAGCUCGCUUGACGGGCCUGCAGUUUUCCGUUGCCGAUGUGUUUCAGCAUCCAAAACUGCACAGUCUGGCCAAGGUAUUGUCAGAAGUAGCCAGAAGUAGUGACAUAGAGGAGGUGCCUGCCUUCUCACUUCUUGGCAGUAGCCCGGACGUGCCGACCUGGCGGGCGGAUAUAGCUAAGAGCCUGAACCUUGAGACAGCCAUGAUUGAGGACAUGUAUCCCUGUACCGCCCUUCAAGAAGGACUGAUGGCGCUGUCGGUUAAAAAUUUGGGUGAUUACGUUUUGCAGCAAGUCCUGGAUUUGUCAGAUGUUGACAUGAGUGCGUUCAAGGAUGCCUGGGAACAAACGGUACGGAGCAACCCAAUUCUUCGGACGCGGAUUGUCCAGCAUAGCAAACUAGGGCUUCUUCAGGUGGUCGUAAAAGCGUCAAUUCGAUGGGUUCAAGCACGCAAUGUUGACAAAUACCUACGGGAUGAUCUAUCGCUGCCCAUGGGUCUAGGCCAGCCACUGGUGCGGUAUGCGUUCAUCAAUGACGGUUCCUCCAGUCAGGGGCAAUUCGUCUUCACGAUACAUCACGCCCUAUACGAUGGCUGGUCUCUGCCACGAGUGCUGGCUUCAGUCAAUCAGGCAUACAACGGCAAAACGCUUCCGCGGAACCCUGGCUUCAACAUUUUCGUAAAGUAUCUCAUGGAGCACGGCGAAGACGAUACUGAAGCAUACUGGCAAUCGAUGUUUGCGUCGUGCGAACCACAAGCAUUUCCAACACUUCCCACUUCUAUCCAAGAACCUAAAGCCGAUUCCACUGCCGAUCACCAGUGUGCGCUGCGUCUUCCAGCCCAUAGCGAUAUUACUCUAUCAAAUCUGGUUCGAGCUGCGUGGGCGAUUGUUCAUCAGCAGCGCACAGGUUCCACAGACGUCGUAUUCGGUGCCAUUCUUUCUGGUCGUAAUGCACCGGUAGUUGAUAUUGAAAAUAUCGUCGGACCAACAAUCGCUACCGUUCCAGUUGUGGUCCAUGUCCAGCCAACUCAAUGUGUAUCCGCGUUUUUGCGCGAAGUGCAAGAUGCUUCCAUUGAGAUGAUCCCGUAUCAGCAUAUUGGUCUACAACGCAUUGCCAAGAUAGACGCAGGCACUCAGCGAGGAUGCAAUUUCCAGACGCUGCUUGUUGUGCAGCCUCCGGACGAAGGGCUGGCUGACAUUGACAGCCUUGGAGAGUGGCGAUUGGCAUCCGGCGCCGACAACUUUUCUUCAUAUGCGCUUACUUUGACCUGCGGCUCAGAUAACAAUGGUGUGAAACUGAAUGCCAACUUUGACUCGAGGGUAGUUGAACCCUGGCUGAUGAAGAAGAUGUUGGAAGAGCUGGACUUUGUCAUGCAACAACUGGUACGAGAGGGAGCUUCGUAUCAGACAUUGGGCAACAUUGACACGCUCACGCCCUCUGAACGAGAGGAAAUCUGGUCAAGAAACACCAGCGUGCCCGGCGUGGAGCGGUGUAUUCACGACUUGAUCGGUGAACAGGUGAGGAAGCGUCCACAAGAGCCGGCAAUCACCGCGUGGGAUGGCCAAGUAUCCUAUGAAGAGCUCGACGAAUUAUCCACGCGCCUAGCCCAUCACUUAAUAAAACUAGGCGUCACACAUGAAUCUUUCGUACCUCUGUUUUUCGAAAAAUCCAUGUGGACAAUCGUGGCCAUGUUGGGAGUGUUUAAAGCUGGCGGCUCCUUUGUGCCAUUUGAUCCUGCGCACUCCUCCCGGCGCCGACAGAAUCUCUUGCUUAACCAGACCAAUGCCACCAUCGUUCUGAUGUCUGCCAAAUAUUCAGGUUCCAUUCCGGUUGGCACUGGCCGCAAGGUUGUUACUGUUAGCGGCAGCGAUGCGGCGGCAUGGGAACCUGUAUCGCGAGCUGUUCCAAUAAUUAUGCCAACACCUUCAUCCGCUGCAUACAUGUUAUUCACAUCUGGAAGUACCGGAGAGCCAAAAGGUGUGGUAAUUGAGCAUCGCUCGUUAAGCUCUAGUUGCUGGUAUCACGGCGCCAGGGUUAGAUUCGACACAUCCUCACGCGUAUUGCAAUUUGCGGCUUACACGUUUGAUGCAUGUAUAAUGGAGAUUAUAACCACUCUUAUUUACGGAGGAUGUAUUUGUGUUCCGUCAGACAAAGAUCGUCUUGAAAACCUUCCAGAGAGUAUGAGUGCCAUGGGCGUGAAUCUGACAUUCUUAACACCCUCUGUCGCGCGCCUCAUAAAGCCUGCCUCCGUGCCAAGUCUCCAAACGCUCAUCUUGGGCGGAGAGCGAGUUACUGAAGACGAUGUUAAGAGAUGGGAACACCGACAGCCGCCAGUACAACUUUACAAUGGCUAUGGUCCUACAGAAACUACUGUAUUCGCUGUAAUGGACGAGCUCAGCUCGCAGAGACCCGUCGUCAUUGGCAAGUCUGUGGGCUCGGUGAGCUGGAUUGUCGACGCCAAUGACCACAACAAAUUACUACCCAUUGGUGCGGUUGGCGAGCUUGUGGUUGAAGGACCCAUUGUUGGCCGAGGAUACUUGCACGAUGCCGUCAAAACCGCCGCGGCUUAUAUCGAGGAUCCUGUCUGGCUCUUGUGUGGCGCCUCCACCGGCGGCAUACCUGGUCGCCACGGCCGAGUCUAUAAAACCGGUGACUUGGUACGAUAUACCGAACAAGGCAGCUUGAGCUACCUGGGCCGCAAGGAUAACCAGGUCAAGAUCCGCGGGCAGCGGAUAGAGCUGGGAGAGGUGGAGCACGGCUUGGCGGAAUGCAUACCGGACGCCCGUCACAUUGUUGCAGAGAUCAUCGUGCCAGAAAGAGAUGGCUCAAGUCCAAUGCUGGUGGCCUUUAUAUGCAUCGAGAAGGAAGGAAGUGAUAUAGAAGCCAUGGCGAUAUCGGCCGACAUGGAGACCCAGCUGAGAUAUCGUUUGCCGGGCUACAUGAUGCCCAGCACGUACUUCACCCUUACAGAGAUGCCAACCACAACCUCCGGCAAGAUUGAUCGAAAACGCCUACGUGAAAUGGGCGCCAGUCUUUCGGCUCGGCAGCUCUUAGAGACAAGCAAUAGUGGUGAGAAACGCCAGCCCACUACCGACGUUGAGCAUCAACUGCAACGACUUUGGGCUAGGGUACUCAAUUUGACUGAAACGAUUGGCCUUGACGAUAGCUUCUUCCUGCUCGGCGGCGACUCUAUUGGCGUCAUCAAGUUGAUUGCAGAGGCCAGCGAGGACCAUCUAUUGCUUUCAGUUGCGGAUAUCUUCCGAUAUCCAACACUAGCGCAGAUGGCCCAAAUAGCAGUCCCGCAAGAUAAAAAUGGCCAGUCCCUGGAUUAUGCGCCAAAAUUCUCCCUGAUUGAGGAUGUUGUGGAUGUUUCCCUCUGCUGCGAUGAUAUUGCCGAUACCUUGAAGGUUGAUGCAUCGCAGAUUGAAGAUGUCUAUCCUUGCACUGCUCUUCAGGAGGGACUUGUUGCGUUGACAACCAAACAACCCGGUGCCUAUGUAUGGCAAAAGGUCUUGAGAAUGUCUUUGGAGGUCAACUUGGACACGUUUCGUCAGGCCUGGGAGCAAACCGUGCAAGCGAUGCCGGUUCUUCGUACGCGAAUCGUCCAGCAUGAACGGAUUGGCCUACUCCAAGUAGUGCUAAAGGACGGAAUUCGAUGGAUCCAGGCAGACGACUUAGACGGCUAUCUCAAGCAAGAUCAAUCGCAACUGAUGGGUCUUGACCAACCACUGGCCCGUUAUGCAUUGAUAUUCGAUGCAUCCACGCAGCAAAGAUGGUUUGUAUGGACCAUCCAUCACGCACUUUACGAUGGCUGGUCGCUACCGCAGAUCUUGAAAACGGCUGAGGAUGCAUACCAAGGCAUUCAGAUCGUCCAGCGGCCGAGCUUCAGCCUCUUUGUCAAAGACGUCGUGGCAAUGAAGCGCAGAGACGGCGCAAGAAAGUACUGGGAGUCACUGUUCGCAGGCUGCAACCCGGAGACGUUCCCGCCAUUGCCUUUGCAGACGUCUAUACUGCACGAACCUAGGGCAGACUCAGCUGUCGACCUUGAUUGCCCGGUUCCCAACACGCCCGGCAACAUCACUCUAUCAACAUUGAUCCGAGCAGCCUGGGCCCUGGUCCUGCACCACCACACGAGCUCAGACGAUGUGGUCUUUGGCGUCACUCUCACUGGACGAAAUGCGCCGGUAGCUGGCAUCGAAAAUAUCGUUGGACCAACAAUAGCGACGGUUCCUGUCGUAAUUCGUACUCACCUGAAGCAGUCAGUGGCUGCAUACUUGGACCAGACACAAGGUGUCGCCGUGGACAUGAUCCCCUACGAACAGACGGGUCUCCAGCAGAUUGCAAAGUUUAACGCUGAAACCAUGCAGUGCUGCAAGUUCCAAAAUCUACUGGUGAUUCAGCCUGUAGACGAUAACCUCUCCACAAACGACAGUGUCUUUGGGGAGUGGGGAGGAUCAGCAGCCGCCGCGGAAAGCUUUUCAUCAUAUGGCCUAGUGCUGGAAGUAGAACUCGGUGCGAACAAGAUUAAUGCGGCGGCUACCUUUGACUCGAGGAUGAUCCAGCCAUGGUUGGUGCAUAAAUUGCUUGAACGACUGGCAAGUCUGAUGCAUCAACUCGCCGAGGCACAACCCGAACAGACACUUGCGGAACUCAACAUGGUAACGCCCCAGGACCUGAAGCAGGUGUGGGACUGGAACAAGACGGUGCCAGAACCAGUGGAGCGAUGCAUCCAUGACAUGGUUGACGAAUAUAUUGAAAGCCAACCCGAUGCAAUCGCCGUGAACUCUUGGGACGGAGAUCUAACUUACGCCGAGCUCGGAGACCUGUCGUCUCGACUAGCUCAACGACUAAUGAGCCUUGGAGUCGGUGCCGAUGACGAUGCCAUUGUGCCGCUGUGCUUCGAAAAGUCACGCUGGGCAGUAGUGGCAAUGCUGGCUGUGCUCAAGGCGGGCGCCGCCUUUGUAAUGCUUGAACCUUCUCUGCCAGAGGCCCGUCUUCUCUCCAUCGUUGAGCAGACUGGGUCCAAACUGGUUGUUUCAUCUAUUGAGCAAGCCGCAACACACCCCGAUCUUGCGGAGACAACCGUUUGCAUUGGGCCCGGCUAUCUUGGUAGCCCCCCAGAAUCAUCCGUUGUCCCUAUUAUCCAACAGAAUCCUUCUUCUACCAUGUAUGUCAUCUUCACUUCCGGCAGCACUGGGAAGGCCAAGGGUGUGCUUGUUACACAUCGUGCCUUUUGCUCUGCUACCGUCUACCAAGCCGGUCGAAUAGGAUUUGUCAAGUCUAUGCGGUCGUAUGAGUUUGCAUCUUAUUCAUUCGACGCGUCAAUCGAGGUCAUCUUCUUUAGCCUGGCCACCGGCGGCUGUCUUGUUGUGCCGUCCGACUGGGACCGCAAAAACAACCUGACUGGCUCACUGGUAGCGUCCAAGGCAGAGUUGGUCGAUAUAACACCAUCUAUUGUCAGGACGUUGGACCGUGACCUGCUGGUCGACUUGAAGGUCGUUAUCAUGGGUGGAGAGCCUGCCAAGAAAGAAGAUGUGACUGGUUGGCACGACGGUAUGUAUGCCGUCGUUACAUACGGCCCGUCCGAAUGUACCCCACAGUCCAUGGUCAAGCGCAGCUUCACCAUGGAAGAUGAGGCGACCAAUAUCGGCUAUGCUGCAGGAUCAGUAACGUGGGUGGUUGAUGCAACUGACAGCAAUCGGCUUGUCCCUGUCGGAGCCAUCGGAGAGCUCUUGUUAGAGGGCCCGAUUGUCGGCAAAGGCUACUUACAUGACCCAGAAAAGACCGCCGCCGUCUUCAUCCAAGAUCCGUCUUGGCUGCUGGAUGGCGCUCCUGGCCACCCCGGUAGACAAGCCCGCAUCUAUAAAACGGGUGACUUGGUGCGAUAUAACGCCGAUGGUAGCAUGAACUACAUUGGCCGCAAGGACAACCAAGUCAAGAUUCGUGGACAGCGUGUAGAGCUGGGAGAAGUCGAGAACCAUAUCCUGGCUUGCGUUAAUGGUGUCCGUGAGGUUGCCGCCGAGGUUAUUCUACCAGCUGGCGAUGGCGCAAGCCCUACACUGGUUGCAUUCCUCUUAAUGCAGGAGGAUUAUAUAUUGGAAGAGACUGCCAACAGCAACUCGUAUGAGGACGGGGAUUUACGAGCCCGCGUGCUAAGGAUCUCUGCUACAGCAGACGGGUACUUGACAGAGCGACUACCGAAAUACAUGGACCCAGCAAUAUACUUUACUCUCAAAGAGAUGCCCGUGAACAGCUCGGGAAAGACGGAUCGCCGGCAGCUUCGCGCCAUCGGAGCCAACUUCUCGACGCGAGAGCUUGCAGAGAAACUAAGCGGAUCCAGCCGCAACAAGCGCAAGCCUUCUACGGCGAGAGAGCUUGUACUCCAGGAGAUUUGGGCACGUAUCCUCAAUAUCGAUGCAGCUACUAUUGGCGCCGAUGAUAGUUUCUUCCAUUUGGGCGGUGACUCGAUCGGAACGAUGCGGCUUGUGGCAGCAGCCCGCCGCGUUGAUAUCGCCCUUUCCGUUGCUGAGGUCUUCCGUAAUCCCCAACUAUCUGCUCUAGCAUGCCUAUCAUCUGGCGUUUCGUCCAAAGCACCAGAGAAGCUGGAGCCAUUUUCAUUGCUAGGCGGAGAUGGCAACGAGGAAUAUCGCAACCGUAUCGCUGCCGCUUGUGAUCUCAGCCCAGAGCUGAUCGAUGAUGCAUACCCGUGUACGCCACUACAAGAAGGUUUACUUUCUCUGACGGCCAAAUCUGCCGGUGCCUAUACUACACGCUCUGUUCUAACUCUGUCGGAAAAUGUGGACAUGGAUCUUUUCCGUCAUGCUUGGGAACAGGUCGCACAAAGGCUACCAAUCCUACGCACACGCAUCAUUCAAGAUGUAGAGCUCGGCCUUGUCCAGGCAGUCAUUCAUGAAGACAUACAGUGGCGUAGCGGAAAUAACCUUGAUAAAUUCAUCCAAGACGAUGCCGCCAAGCCAAUGGGCCUUGGCCACUCACUCUGCCGCUAUGCUAUCAUCGUGGAAGAAGAAGGGUCGUCAAAGCAAAGGCGCUGCUUAUUCGUCUGGACAAUACACCAUGUUCUGUACGAUGGCCAGUUCUUUGGCCAGAUCCCUCAACUCGCCUAUCAAAUUUACAAAGGUUUGCCGCAGCCAAGCUUCAAAGACUUCAAGUACUUUUCAAGAUAUAUCAAGAACAUGAACAUGAAUGCUGUGGAUACAUACUGGCGGUCUGAAUUCAACGGCUAUGAGUUUACACCAUUCCCUGCGUCUCUAUUAACAUCAGAGCCCGUGACAGCUAGCUCUGUUGUCCGGCGUCAGCUUCAUCUUCCGCCCAGGGCAGAGUCUGACAUUACCGCAGCUUCCCUUGUCAGAGCCGCUUGGGCGUUAACUAUGGGAGCCUGUUCCAACUCGGCUGACGUCGUCUUUGGAGUUACAGUCACUGGGCGCCAGUCGGAUUUGGCUGACGUUGAGGAUAUUGCGGGACCGACGUUUGCCACGGUGCCGGUACGAGUCCAACUGCACAAGACGCAGACUGUGACAGCGUAUCUUCGCCAGGUUCAAGAUCAAUCUAUCAAGAUGAUCCCCUACGAGCAGGCAGGGUUACAACGAAUUAAGAAUGUCUCUCAAGAGGCCCGGCUUGCUUGUCAGUUUCAAACCCUCCUUGUUAUUCAGCCAGCUCAAGAGGAGGACGCGUAUGCGUUGGAUAAAGAACUCGGUACCUGGGCAGGCGACAUGGAUAUUCAGAACUUUGCGUCAUAUGCCCUUAACUUAAUCUGUACCAUGAACGCUGAUGGCGUAAUGGUUGAUGCUAUUUUCGACCCGGCCGUUGUGAGCAAGUGGGUUGUGGAAGCCAUGACGGAGCGUCUUGGCUGUGUGAUACAGCAGCUAGCAUCUACUACCGCAGACAGCACUUUGGCCAAUAUCGAUACUCUUUCGGCCGCCGAUUAUGAGCAGAUAUGGUCGAGGAAUGCCAAAGUGCCCGCGGCAGUAGAGAGAUGUAUACACACGUUAAUAGGAGAACAGGCAACUAUGCAGCCCAAGGAGAUGGCUGUCUGCGCCUGGGACGGGAAGCUCACAUAUGCCAAGCUAUACGAAAAGUCAACACGCCUGGCGCAUGUCCUGGUAGGUCUUGGAGUUGGUAAGCAGCAGCCAUUGGUGCCUAUGCUUUUCGAAAAAUCAAGGUGGACAAUUGUCGCCAUGUUGGCGGUGAUGAUGGCUGGUGGUGCUAUUGUUCCAAUCGAUCCUUCGCAACCAGCAGAUCGAAGAGAGCGCCUUGUAUCGCAGACUGGUGCUAAGCUGAUUGUUACCUCGGCUCAGUUUGCCAAGAUGAUGACAAGACCUAGCCGAGUCGUCGUUGCCGUCAGUGAGAAGAACGUUGCAAUUCUACCAGAGCCGCCGCGAAGUGCAGUUCUGGCACCUGUUGAGGCACAGAUGACAGCUUACAUCAUGUUCACAUCUGGAAAUGACGGACAACCGAAGGGCGUGGUCGUGGACCAUCAGGCCAAUACUACUAGUUGUGUGAGUAACGCACAAUCGAUGAAGAUUAGCACCCACACCCGCUUAUUGCAAUACUCGCCAUAUUCCCUUGAUGUCAGCAUGUUGGAGAUUUUCGCAACCCUUGCGCACGGAGGCUGCGUCUGCGUGCCGUCGGAAGACCAGAGACUUAACCAACUGGAAAGCUUCAUCAAUGACAACAACGUCAACUUCUCUAUUUUAACUCCCACUGUGAGCCAGCUGCUUGAACCUAGCCGGGUUCCAUCACUAUCAACAGUAAUCCUUUCUGGUGAGACCUGCGAGGAUCAAGUCUUUGGUCGGUGGAUGCAUUGCGCUUUGGUUUGCAACGCAUACAGGCAUACAGAAAGCACAAUGUGCUCACUUCACAAGUUCGGCAUGGCCAUGUCGGGCGGCUUCUCCCUCGGCACGGCUGUGGGUGCGGUGUUCUGGGUUACGGUAACGGGAGAUGUAAAUCGACUGGCGCCGCCAGGGGCUAUUGGUGAGCUUGUCAUUGAAGGUCCAGUGCUGGCACAAGGUUACCUGAACAAUCCAGACAAGACAGCAACUUCAUUCAUUCAAGACCCGGCUUGGCUUCUACGCGGUGCUCCUGGCCACAAAGGCCGGCGCGGCCGUCUUUAUAAGACAGGUGACUUGGUCCGGUACAGUGAAGAUGGAAGCCUCGUAUAUCUUGGACGUCACGAUAGUCGAGUCACUAUCCGUGGGCAGCGCGUGGACCUAGCAGAGGUCGAGUACCAAGUCAAGGCCAGUAUUCCGGGAGUCCAAAGGGCUAUCGCCAAAGUCAUGAUGCCGAGCGGCGAUGAAGCUAGUUCUAUGUUGGCGGCAUUCCUACUCAUGGAACAAUCACCGGAUAGACCCAAGGGGGUCCAAGUAAUGACUGUCUCUGCCGCAUUAGAUGACGAGUUAGCGGAGCGGCUGCCAGCACACAUGAUCCCCGCGAUUUACUUUACCAUGAGCGAACUGCCGAUGAAUAGCUCCGGCAUGGUGGACCUCAGCUCUUCUGGAGAUAGUCUAUCAACACAACAGCUCACGGAGAUGCUCAGUUCAUCCCGACCCAGCAAGCGCAUUCCAGCGACAGUAAAAGAGCUAGCACUACAGCAGGUCUGGGCCCGCAUUCUCAACAUCGAUGUUGCCUCUAUCGGCGCUGACGACGGUUUCUUCCAAAGAGGUGGCGACUCUAUUUCGGCGAUGAGGCUAGUUUCAGAAGCCCGUCGCAUCGGCAUAGCAAUCUCUGUUGCAGACAUUUUCCGCAACCCGCGUCUAUCAGCACUGGCAAGUCUAUCCCCCCGUAUGGAGGAAGAGCUACCAGAUGAGAUUGAGGAGUUCAGCCUUCUUGGCGAAGACGUGGCACUCUCUCGUAGUCGCAUUGCGGCUGCUUGCCAUCUCGAGCCAAGUCUAAUCCAAGAUGCAUACCCCUGCACGUCACUGCAGGAAGGCCUUCUUUCAUUGACCACUCAGUCCUCCGGCGCCUACGUCGAGCGAAUCGUCGUGGCCCUACCAGAACAUGUCGACCUGGACAUGUUCCGCUAUGCCUGGGAGCAAGCUGUGCGAACUUUAUCUAUUCUUCGUACACGAAUUAUUCAUGACGAGCAAUUUGGCUUGGUUCAGGUGAUAAUCAGGGAGGAUAUUCAAUGGGCCAGCGGAGACGCCCUUAGUACGUUCCUCGAGCAGGAUGCUGUAGAGCUGAUGGGCCUUGGCCAACCUCUUUCUCGUUAUGCUAUAGUCCAAGACCAGACGCAACAAUCACAGCGUGCCUGGUUUGUUUGGACAAUACACCACGCACUUUACGAUGGGCAAUUUCUUGCCCGGGUCCCUCAGCUUAUCAGCAAAAUAUAUAAGGGACUACCGCAACCAGCCUUUAAAGACUUUAAAUACUUUGCCAGAUAUUUAAAGAGUAUAGAUACAGAGGUCCUCAACGACUACUGGCGGUCGGAAUUCAAAGGUUAUGAUUCUACGCCGUUCCCCACGCCACCAGGUACAAUCAUGGCAGCCAAUAGCAAGGCAGAGCGUCAACUUCAACUGCCGCCUGUUGCAGAUCCCACCAUUACCGUAGCUAAUCUUAUUCGUGCAGCCUGGGCGCUAGUAAUAGCGGCCGACUCAGGGACAAAUGAUGUUGUUUUUGGCGCCACGGUUACUGGACGCAAAGCAGAUGUCGCAGGUAUUGAGGACUUGGCAGGACCUACUAUUGCAACGGUACCGGUUCGAAUUCAGACAGUUGCAGCCCAAGGAGUUACUGCCUACCUCCGUCAGGUGCAGGAGCAGUCUAUUCAAAUGAUCCCAUAUGAGCAGGCUGGACUGCAAAGGAUUCGAGAGAUAUCCGAAGAGGCCAAUCGCGCUUGCCAGUUCCAAUCGCUACUUGUUAUUCAGCCUAGCCAGGAGGCGGAUAUCACCGAACUGGCCGGCGACGACCUUGGCCAAUGGACAAGUGAUUCGGAAGCGACAAGUUUCUCUACAUAUGCUUUAAAUCUUACGUGUUCUUUAACUAAUGACGGGGCCAAGUUUGAGGCUAUCUUCGAUUCGACAGCUAUUAGUGAAUGGAACGUCGAGGCCAUGCUAGAGCGGCUAUCCCAUAUCAUACAGCAGCUAGCAUCGAUUUCUGAAGGCCAGCCUCUCACCGUCGCCGAUAUUGACCUCCUUUCGGCAACUGACCGAAAACAAUUGUCGUUAUGGAACAGCACGGUGCCCGCAGCGGUGGAAAAGUGUGUCCAUAAUCUGAUAGAGGAGCAGGCCUUAGCGUGCCCACAGGCAACGGCCAUAUGUGCCUGGGAUGGCGAUUUAACAUACAGCGAGCUGGAUACUCAGGCAACCCGGCUGGCGCACCAUUUGGUCGAUCUAGGGGUAGGUCCAGAAGUCAUGGUAGCACUAUGCUUUGACAAGUCUAAGUGGGCGGUCGUUGCUAUGAUUGCCGUUCUCAAAGCUGGUGGCGCCUUUGUUCCUCUAGACAUGACACAGGCCUCAAGCCGGAGAGAAGCUGUCUUUGCCCAGAUCGGCGCGCAGGUAGUGUUAACAUCAAAUACAUACGUCGCGGUGCUUGCAACUCCUGGCCGGGCCGUUAUUUCUGUUGAUGACGAGAGCAUCCAGAACUUGCCAGCAACGUCGAGAACUCAACGAGCCUCACACCAGCAACCUUCCUCUGCUGCCUAUGUUUUCUUUACGUCUGGGAGCACAGGACAGCCCAAGGGCGUUAUGGUCGAUCACCGUGCCGUCAGUACUAGCUGCGUUAGUCAUGGACGCGAGAUUGGCUUCAACAAACAGACACGAAUGCUGCAGUUUACCUCGUACACGUUUGAUGUCAGCAUCAUGGAGGUGCUAACUACCCUCAUCUACGGGGGUUGUAUAUGUGUGCCGUCCAACGAGGAGAGGUUCAACGACCUGGAGGGAAGCAUCGAGAGAAUGAAGGCCAAUGUUGCUUCGCUUACGCCAUCGGUGGCGCGACUGGUAGAUCCAAGCCGGACGCCAUCAGUCAAGACAAUCGUGUUGGCUGGAGAAAACGCUAGCGACCAAGACCUCAACCGGUGGUCGCACAUUUCGCGAAUCAAUGCAUAUGGCCCAACAGAGAGUACUAUCUUCUGUUCAAUCAACAAGAUCAGCGCCAGCAACGACCGCGGUGGUUCAUGUAUAGGAAAGGCCGUGGGUUCGGUGAGCUGGGUGGUGUUACCCAGCGAUGCCAGCCGUCUCGCCCCCGUCGGGGCCAUUGGUGAGCUGCUUGUAGAAGGCCCAAUUCUGGCGCGAGGCUACUUUAAUGACCCGGAGAAGACGGCGGCGGCAUUUAUCGAGAAUCCACCGUGGCUGCUCCACGGCGGCCGCAAUGGGCGCCUGUAUAAGACGGGAGACUUGGUGCGAUAUAAUCCGGACGGCAGCCUGACUUAUCAGGGGCGCAAGGACAACCAGGUCAAGAUCCGCGGCCAGCGAGUCGACCUAGGUGAGGUUGAGUAUCAUGUACAAGCCUGUGUUCCCGGUAUUCGCCAGGUCGUUGCAGAGAUAGUUGUGCCUGGGGGAGACAGGGCAACACCUAUACUCGCGGCAUUCGUUGUCCUAGACAAAAAGCUGACGUCGAAUGAGGCACAAGUCAUCCACGUGAGCCGGGAAGCAGAGGACAAGUUGUCUGAGCGACUGCCCGCUUACAUGGUACCCAAAGUCUUCUUUGCCAUCGGCGAGAUUUCAAUCAACGGCUCGGGCAAAACAGACCGCGGCGUAUUGCGUCGCAUCGGGGCAGAGUUCUCCACGCAAAGGCUGGCCGAACUGCAGAGCAGCAGCCUUGCCAAUAAGCGAGCUCCAUCUUCAGAGACGGAGAAGGUAUUGCAACAGAUUUGGGCACGGGUUCUCAACAUUGACCCGGCUACCAUCGGAGCAGAUGAGAGUUUCUUCCGUCUCGGUGGCGAUUCGAUCUCGGCGAUGAUGGUAUCAGCAGCUGCUCGGUCCUCUCAGAUCGACGUCUCAACCGCAGACGUGCUCCGGAAGAAGACGAUAUCUCGGCUUGCGGCUAGUGCUCUCGUCCCCAAGCGCUCAUCCGGCCCCGAUCCUACAGACAAUCACGACGACGACGGCCAACCAUUCCAGCUGGGUCCUAUCCAACAGUUUCACACUCAACUGGAGCCCCAUCCCACCAAAUGUUUCGACCAGAACUUUCUCCUCAAACUACGCAAAGCGUUUCCGUUCGUCUCUGUGGCACAAGCCAUCGAGACCAUCGUGUCGAGACACCCCAUGCUGCGCGCCCGGUUUAGCCAGACAAGCGAAGGAGCAUGGCAGCAACGCAUCACCAACGAUAUAUCUGGCUCGUUUUAUAUAAGCAAAGCUUCAAAUGCAGCAAUUUCGGGGCCAGAAGAAGCGGAAUGCAUCCGCCAGUGCCGUGAAUUACUCGACAUUGAGAGUGGCCCACUUCUCGCGGCGGUUCUGUAUGAAGACGACGCCGAAAGCCAGAAGCUCUUUGUCACAGUCCACCACCUCGUCAUCGAUCUCGUGUCUUGGCGCGUGCUGCUCACGGAAUUGGAGGAGCUCCUAACCGUUGGAAAGCUGGACUCUCCCGUCACAACAAGUUUUCGUACGUGGUGCGACCUACAGGGGCAGUUCGCGGCGGAGCAUCUCGACAGUCAGCUCGAGGCUAUACAAGUCCCACCGCCGCUUUUGUCAUACUGGGGUAUACAAAGCGACGAGAAUGUUAUCGGGGCCACUACGGUCAAGUCGUUUGUUCUAGAUGAUGCAACCAGUGCGGCGAUUCUCGGCGACGACUGCAACCAAGUAUUCAACACUCGACCCAUGGAGCUGAUGGCGUCCGCCCUCGUGCACUCUUUCCGCAGUGUAUUCGAGGAUCGUGAAGCGCCGGCGAUAUUCAGCGAAGGCCAUGGUCGAGAGACUUGGGACGACGACAUGGACAUCGAUGUCACUCGCACCAUAGGCUGGUUUACAACAAUAUUCCCAGUAUAUGUGCCCAUGGCUCAAGGUGGUGCUGUGGCUGACACAAUCCGCCAGACCAAGGACUUUGUCCGCAAGCUAUCAAAGAAUGGCUGGUCGUAUUUCACAUCCAGAUUUGCAGACCAAAACAAGGCCAAGGCGAAUACUGCUGGAUUCCCUGCCGAGAUACUGUUAAACUUUGCCGGUUCAUAUCAACAGCUGGAGCGAGGUGCGUCACUCUUCGAACCGCUCCCGUUGCCAGAGGGCUGUGACCCGGCAUCCUUUUCUGGAGUGCGGCGAUAUGCUCUAUUCGACGUUUUCGCAGCAACAGACAAGGGCCGCCUGGCCAUUUCCGUUGUAUAUCCCAAGAAUGCCCGCCACCAAUCCAAAAUCAAUAUGUGGGUAGAGCAAUACCAGUCUCUUCUCCAAAGCAUGGCGUCACUGCUGCCACAACAAAGCCAACAGUGGACUCUGGCUGAUUAUCCAAUGGCCUUUUCGUCAUACGGUGACCUAGCUGAAUUCGAAACUAGCCUGCUGCCAGAGCUGAGCAUAACCAUGGCUGACAUUGAGGACAUCUACCCCUGCACGCCAGUCCAGGAACGGAUUCUGGCUACUCAAGCCAAAAACCCAGAGACCUAUCGGGUUGUACUAGAGUUCGAGGUGCUUGCCACCGGCGGCAGUGACCGAAUUGAUCUUUCCAGGAUCGAGCAGACUUGGCGUAGCAUUGUGCAGCGGCACUCACUGCUGCGUGCCCAUCUAGUCACCAGUAUGCCAGGGAGCUCAAGCACGAUGCAUGUUGUGCUGAAGGAUCCUGUUCCAAGCAUCUCACACAUCCCCUUCUCGAAUGGUAAUGGGGAUGAUAGCAAACAGAAGACCUGUCAUGCUUCUGUUGGCUAUGGCAAGCACGGCCUUCAACAUAACCUGUCCAUAUCUCAGCUCGACGGAGCCCGCGCUCAUCUCCGCAUCGAGAUGAACCAUGCUAUCAUAGACGGACACUCUGUAAAUGUCUUAAUUCGUGACUUUAGACAGGCAUAUCGUGGCAGCGCUAGCCCGCCCGCCCCCUUGCAUUCGGAAUUCAUCAAAUAUAUCCAACAGCAAUCGGGUCAAGCCGACCCUAAGUUUUGGCCAUCAUAUUUAGAUGGCGUUUCUUCAUGCCUCAUGCCCACCUCAGGUAGCAGUCAAAGGGAGAAUGGCACGUAUUUAGUUGAUGUUGCGGGUAUUGAUGCAGAUAAAAUACACAACUUCUGCAUGAAAUGGGAAGUGACGACAGCCACUGUUAUUCAGGUUGCUUGGGCCCUUGUUUUGCAACGGUAUACGGGAUCGAAGGUGCCCUGCUUAGGCAUGCUCACCUCAGGUCGGGAUGUACCCGUUGAUGAAGUCAAUGACAUGUUUGGGGCAUUGAUAUCCCUGGUUCCCUGCCGCAUACACCUUGACAAACCACGAACAGUCCUGAAGGUCCUGAAGGAUGUACAAGAGGAUUAUGCUGACUGCUUACCGCAUCAAACGUAUGCGUUGGCGGAAUUUACCAAGGCCGUUCCUCGUGCAGAGGUGGCAGAACUAUUCAACACCGCUAUAUCUUUCCAAAGAGCGGGAGGUGAAUCCGUAACGUUUGAGGAUGAAGGAGCAAUUAUCUAUCGGGGAGGACAAGAUCCAGUAGAGCAUGACAUCUACAUUAGAGUGCUUGAUGGGCCAAAGACGCUUAGAAUUGUCCUGGAGCUUUGGGAGGAUCGUAUCUCAAGGACCCAAGGCGAGGAGGUGGCAGCCUUUUUCGCUGUUGCAAUAUCCGCAGUUAUUUUUGCUCCUGAAGAGGAUAUCUUGAGCCUUACCUUGGGUGGGCAAUACAAGUUCGCCUACUGA